AUGGACUCCACCACUUGCAAGCCAUCAAACACCAAGAAUCCAUUUAGAACAUUUGAAGUGCACGUGCUCAGUUCAGUUGGAAGUGUUGCUCUAGUUCGUUCACUUCGUGCGGCGUCUUUCUCUUUCCACCAGUUCAACGCCUCGCGGACAGCUAGGGUUUCGGCCACAAAUGCGGAAGGGGCGAAAAUUGGUUUCGCAAAUCCAUCGAGGAGGAUGCCCUCUCUGUUUCUCCUCACCCCUGCUGCUAAUCCCUUAAGUUUAGAGCCGAUCCAUGAGCUAUCCACUGAGAUCUUGAAGAAGAAGUCGGUCGGUGGGUCUUCUGAUGUUGCUGUUGAAGGGCGUCCACCAGUUUGUGUAGCUACCGAAGCUGUUCCACGCCUUCCAUAUCCUCCAAAUAGCUUCGGCAAACUCGGCUUUGGCUUGUUGGCUCUUCCUCACGGAAUAGUGAAUAAAUACAUGCUCAGUGGAUUCAGGAACUUGGUCACAAAAAGGGUAGUCUUGUUCAGGCCCCGUUAAAGCUUCAUUCAUCUCCAUAGUGAUCACUGCUUGACAUUGAUCUAACACCGGUUGAUAUUCUCUAUAACCGCCCGUUGUAUAUAAAGAGUCUGGAAGAAGCUUGAUAUGUGUUAUUUAAGGAUCAAAGGGUCCCGACUCCAAUUAUGAUCAUCAAUUUGUAGCAUAUAAAGUUUAUUCCAUUGUCUCCUUUGUAUCGUGGUAGCGUGAAAAUAUUUCGUAUUUUUAUCCCCCCAUUUAAUCCAAUUAAUCUUGGAUCUCAUACCCCAAUA